UGUACAAAAACCCGACCCCAUUAGGUCGCCGACGAGAGGUUACAAAAUCAGAGAGGAGGAGAAAAAUAUCUAAAUAAAGGCGUAGGAGAUUGCAUAACAACAGAUAGAGACGAACGAAGAAGGUCUACAAAAGAUGCAUCCGAUAAAUGCGGUGGUUGCGGCGAGGAUGUUGGCCGGAAUCUCGCAAUCUAACACCGUGGGAAGCGAAGCCAUCCCAUUCGGAUCGCUGGAGUGGAUCACUUACGCCGGAAUCUCUUGUUUCCUCGUCCUCUUCGCCGGAAUUAUGUCUGGGCUCACUUUGGGUCUCAUGUCUCUAGGUCUCGUCGAGCUCGAGAUCCUCCAACGCAGUGGUACUCCAAAAGAGAAGAAACAAUCAGCUGCGAUUUUUCCGGUUGUUCAGAAACAGCAUCAGCUUUUGGUAACUCUGCUUCUGUUCAAUGCUCUUGCUAUGGAGGGGCUUCCUAUAUACUUGGAUAAGAUAUUCAAUGAGUAUGUUGCUAUUAUUCUAUCCGUCACUUUCGUGCUCUUCGUCGGAGAGGUUAUACCUCAAGCUAUAUGUACCAGGUAUGGAUUAGCAGUGGGAGCUAAUUUGGUAUGGCUUGUCCGUAUCUUAAUGGUUCUAUCGUAUCCGAUAUCUUUUCCUAUUGCAAAGAUGUUGGAUUGGGUACUGGGACACGGUGACCCUUUAUUUAGGAGAGCUCAGUUAAAAGCUCUUGUAUCGAUUCACGGUGAAGCUGCUGGCAAGGGAGGUGAACUUACACAUGAUGAGACCACGAUCAUUAGUGGAGCACUUGAUUUGACUGAGAAGACUGCCCAAGAAGCUAUGACGCCAAUUGAAUCAACUUUUUCCUUGGAUAUAAAUUCAAAGUUGGAUAGGGAAGCUAUGGAUAUGAUUCAAGCACGAGGUCACAGCCGCGUUCCUGUCUACUCUGAGAAUCCAAAAAAUGUUGUCGGACUUCUCUUGGUGAAGAGUCUCCUUACAGUUCGCCCUGAGACAGGGACUCUUGUCAGUGCAGUUGGUAUACGCCGAAUUCCAAGGGUUCCGGCUGAUAUGCCUCUGUAUGAUAUACUGAAUGAGUUUCAAAAAGGGAGCAGUCACAUGGCUGCAGUUGUGAAGGUUAAGGGGAAAAGCAAAGGUCUUCCUCCGACUGUGCUUGAAGAAGCUGUGCUUGAAGAAAAUAGUGGUAAAUCCGAGUUGACUGCACCUCUGUUACUGAAGCGAGAAGGGAGCAACGACAAUGUCAUUGUACGCAUCGACAAGGCUAGUGGGCAAUCAUUCAUCAGCGAUGCCGGCAGACAAGGGUUUUCGGAUACUUCAGAGGAGAUUGAAGAUGGAGAUGUAGUCGGUAUCAUCACAUUGGAAGAUGUGUUUGAAGAACUUCUGCAGGAGGAGAUUGUGGAUGAAACAGAUGAGUAUAUAGACGUGCAUAAAAGGAUUCGGGUGGCGACUGUAGCAGCGGUGGCCAUUUCAUCCUUAGCGAGAGCACCUUCAGGCCGGAGGUUACUGGCCCAAAAGGGAACUGUACCAAAAACGCCGAAGGCAUCUUCUACUUCUAAUUCUAAUUCUAAAUAGGAUGACAAACUGAUCGCAACCAUGACCGAUGCUUUUCAAGGAAACAAUUGAUGAUUCAGGUGGGUGCUGUUGAUUUUUUGCUUGAGAUGUGAGAAAUAAAUAAAGGCUUGAAAAGUAGAUCAAUUUGGAGCACCUUCUCUUUCACUGUUUAAUGUAUAAUACGUACAUGUCGAUAUAAUAUCUACAAUUCUUUCAACUUUCUUUAACUCCGAGUUUAUUCUUUUGUAUAUCCUUGCUAGAUUAUGCACUGCCCUACUAUUAGUACUUA